AUGGAAGGUCCAAAUCAUUACCGAACAAAAGAAUUUUUAAAUUUUUUGAAUAAUUCAGUUCAGGCAGCAUCAGCUUCACCAAUGUUGUCUUUAAGGUACCACCCCUUUGAAAAUAUCUGUGGAUUUACAAAUCCUUACUAUGGUGAAAAUAAUGGACUUAGUGAAUUGGAGCUUCAAAAGCACUCAAAUCAUAUGAGAUCAGUUACUGAUGCCAUGCAUUAUUUCUUCAAAUUACAUCCCUCAGUUAUAUCAAAUUCUCCUUCCUCACCAAGAAGUCCUGUUGUUGAAUCACAAUCUCCCCUGGUUAGUCCAGCAGUUUCUUGUAAAAAAAACAGAAAGGAGAUAGAGAAAUUGGACGUUGAUCACCCAAAUCUAUGUACUACUCAGUGUAGGAUCAUCCAUCCUAAUCUUGUUCAUAGUGUUAAUCAAAGAUGGCAAUUGAGAGUCCACUUACUUAACCAGAAUUCUGGACUCUUAAAGGCUGCAGAUUUAUCACAUCCUUAUGUCAGUGAAAUGAUUAAUGCAAAUGCCCCUGUAACUCCCAGGAUGACUAGCAGACAUACUAGCAGAAACAUUAGUAGACACACUACUGGAAAUUGA